UGAAAGCAGUGCAUGGACUCCUCUGUAAUGUUUGGGCGUUGCCUAGUAACAGGAUGUCCCAGCACAAUUGUGUGCUGCUUUUUUCCGGGUGUGCUCAGGGGCCCGGCUCUGGAAGGAGCUAUUCCCAUGUACUGGGUGGCUGCCAUGACCUGUUUAUAUCAGUCUGGUGACGGCAGAUGAGAGUACUACCUCAUAUUCUUCAUAUACAGCCUUCAAUCAAUUACGGCAAACAUGGUAAAUGACACCGGAGGUCUGAAGUCUUUCCCUAAGAACAGAAAACACACUUCACCAUCCACAGAGGAGAGUCUGGAUGUCCAUCGAUUACAUCAGCUGUACAAUGAUAUCCUAAAACCCCUCACUUUAUUCCCCAAUCAAAGUCCACGCACCGGACCUAAAAGAAAAGAUAUCAUUGAGCCCAAGAAGCACCCAGGAGACAAUAAGAUAAAGGAAAAUGUCAAUGAAAGCAUUUGCAAAGAUGAGGUAUAUGCCCAUCCAGCCGCCCCAUUCAUGAAAGACAUGCGCAGUGUAUCACCAGAUGUUCUUUGUGAUAUGAUUAGAAGAAGGUUACACAAACUAUUGCCAUUUACUCCUAGAUCCACAGAUGUCCGGAAAGUAUUUGAGGAGAUUAUUCUAAGUGAGGUGAAAGUCGCCUGUGAUGGUAUUCCAGAUGUUCUGUGCACUACUUUAAUAAAUCCGAGAGAAAAGCAGCGUCUGCACCGCCGUCUUCUUGGUCACAUCAUGAUUGUCUCCGAGCAUCUGUUCCUGCACUACUUACACAAAAUGGAUUGGAGUAAAUCACAUUCUCUGUUCUCAGAAGAAGCCAAUCUCACACGCUGCAAAGCACAGCUGUUGCUUGAUUGCUCGAAAUUCUUUAAUGUUUUUUCAGCCCGGCAUCACCUAAUUGCUGAGAUAAAGGGGUCGGAAGGAAAUGAACCUGACGAGGUGACUGUGGAGCAAACUGACCAGUUUUCUCAGCACACAGACAAAAAGAGGGUCCUAUGUAAAAGCUCUAAACAAUCCUUUACCAUGGAAUAUUUUAUACGAUUGGGCAGACCUGACACUGCUGUUAAAAAACUCCAAAGAGAAACAGAUCUGAUGCAAAUUAGAAGUAUACAGGGACUGGAUUUAGAGAAGGUACAUAACUUGUUUCCCAAAUCUGAAGACUACAGCACAUUCACAAAGAAUGUACAAUGUGAAGCUGUGACAACCCCAUGUUCAUUCAGACACGAGGAAGAGCAGAACACAGAAGAAGAAAACGGUUAUGCCAAGUGCACAUUGAUUAAGAAAAGUGUUUCUUGCCCCAAUCUGAGGAUCGGUGAUCUGCUGGCUGAUGAACUGAGGAUAAUAUUUAGACAAUAUCCAGAUGAAUGCCCAGACAUUCUAAGUAAAUCACAGACAGAAGUAGAGGGAAAUCCUGUAUCAGAUGAUCUCAGAAGGUUAAUAGGAGAUGCCACAUUGCAAAGCUCGGAUCAUGUAGAGAGACAGUAUCCUGAUGAGGAGAUUCCUCCAUUAAUAAGUGCUAUAGGUCCUGGAUACAGGAAUCCUGCUAAACGUCAGAAAAUGGAAGCUUUGCUACAGAGUUUUAAUAAGAAAUCAGAAGAUCCUAAAGAAAUAGAGAAGACAAAGACAAGCUCCUAUCCACAGGCCUUCACAGUUGAUGUCCAGGUCCCUAACAGGCCAUUAGUAAGGAGAGCUGAUAUCCAGGCCUCUGACAGAGUAUUUAUACACUUAACAGAAAUUCAGAAAUACCCACCGAUAUACAAUGACUUUGCAUCAGAGAUUGAAUCUGCUACUGUGAAGAAGCUGGAUAGAAACUUGUUUGUCGGGCAGGAGCUAGAGGAAGUGUAUACAGAACUUGUUAAGAACCUUUCCACAAACCACCUGAGGUUUGACCAGGAUUUGGAAUUUGAGCCCUAUGCAACAAAACUGGAUUUCUCCGUGUGUACAGCUUCAUCGACAUUAACCAAAAAAACGAAUCAGCGAGUGAUCAACAGGGAGCUAGAUUCAUUGGCCGCCUUUAAUGAGUGUGAAAGUCUUGUGCAACACAUGCCUACUGACAAAGAAGCUUCCAGAGUUUAUAAUUCCUGGCUUGUUUGGUGGAAGUCUGUUGUCAACACUGAUGAUUACAUGAAAUAUGUAUCUACACAGGACCUGGAUUACCUAAAGGUGAUUUACCAUUUAUAUAACAGUGAUUCCGAAGAAGAAGAGCAGGCACGUGUUGCUUUAAUAAAUAAGCAAGAAGAGAAAAAGAGGCAACGGGAGAAAAAGAUUGCAGAUCUCAGAGCAGAGAAACAAAGUUACAGCCCCGGCAUGUGGAAUGUCAACAGCAUAAUGCUUGGGGGUCUCGGGUCAGACCCACCUGUACAGGAUGCUGACUUGGAACUAAAAGGAUCACUGAAUACUUCAUCUCAGGUAGAUAUACCUGCCAGCCAUGUAGAUCUUCAGAAGAUGAUAAAUGCUAUAUGGAAUGCACUUCACAUACCAGAAGGCCAGCGGCUGGAUAUGGCUAUUAAAUAUAGUUCCAAUGAGUACAGAGAUCGGCUGCCAGAGGCAAUACGGAUGUGGGAGAAAGCAGUAUUACUCAUCCAGAAAAGAGAAAAAAUGUUAGCGGAGCUGGAGAUGUUUGAGAGAGAGGCCUCUGAUCCUAAUAGAUUCUUCGACAAAGGUUACAAUGGUACAUCAGUUGCACGGAUGGAAGAGUCUAAGCAAAGAAAGAAGCUGUACAAACAAUUGUCAGAUGCUGAGCAUGCCAUAGCUAAAAUAUUAACAUUUAUAAAGAGGACAUUUAAUGAUAUAGUCAGCUACAAGGGCAGACCGUAUACUGAAAAAAUGAAGUGGGACAAAACGGAGAUGCUUUACUGGCUGCAGCAAGAUCGUCGCAAAUCUUUAAUGGAAAUGGAUACUAAAAAAGAAAGUAUGCUUGUACAGCUUGAACCUCUAAAUUAAGUUAAUACAGAAAUGUUGUAAUUAUAAACAUUUCAGCAGCAAUUUUUUCAUAAAUAAAGAGAAUGAUACGCAAAA